UGGCGCAAAAUCAUUGUAAGAAGGGUUGGGUAAUGUCAGUCCAGACACCUUUUUUUUUGCCCUAGGUAUUAAAUGUCUGGAAAAAGUGUAGAAUGUAUUAUCUUUGAAGGUUUGAAGAUUUGAAGGUUUUUGAAGCUUGUUCUAAUGCUUGCAGAGUGUACGUUCUUGUUGUUGUUUGUUAACGAUUGCAGUUAAACGAAAAAUAUGGAUCCAAUUAUACUUAAUGAGCGACAUGUGGAGGAUGACUACUAUUACACAUUAGGUUGUGAUGAUUCCUCCAGUAUUGACCAAAUAUUAACUGAAUACAAACAUAGAGUAUUACGUUGUCAUCCUGAUAAGAAUCAAGAUGAUAAGUCCACUGCUCAGUUUCAGAAACUCCAAGAAGCUAAAGAAGUGCUCUGUGACCCAGAAAAGCGAAAAAAUUAUGACAGAUGGAAAACAAGUGGACUAGCAAUUUCAUACAAGCAAUGGAUUGCCAUAAAGGAACAAUCUGCUGCUGUUUUCCAUUGGGCCAUUCCAAAACAUGAAAAGAAAAUGCUAGAGUCAAGCAGCAGCAAGUUAAAGAUUAUAAAACUGAAACAAAGUCAGCAUUCCCCUAAAAUUGGUUCUGAAUAUUGUACAUACAAUUCCAUCCUAGAGAAGUUUAGGAACUACGAAAUAUGAAAAAAAAAUCUUGGAACAUGUGAUUUGAUUUACUGGCGUAUUCAACAUUAGCUCUUGCUUCUCCGUAACGUUAAAUCAAUGUAAAGCUUAAUAAAUAUGACCGUACGAAGCGA